AUGGCGAACACGGCACAUUUGAUGAGGCGACAGAGUUCGCGAGAUUUGUACGCCCAGCGUUCUUUGGAUAGAAUGGAGAUGAAGGAACUGAGAGGUCGGCUGGUGACUAUGGAAAACGGGCAUCCGAUACACCGCACCCACGUCAUAUACGGCGCCACCAAUCAAGCCUUCGAAGACACGAGCCCCAAUAGAAGAUCUUCCGAGACACCGACUAGCAAGGCCAGCUCCACUGAAGGUCCCGUGGGUUUGAAGCCCGAAGGAGGAGAGUGUGAACGGGAAUCAUGGGACAGCAAGCUGACGUUCCUACUUGCAACUGUUGGAUAUGCUGUGGGUCUUGGAAACGUUUGGAGAUUCCCGUAUCUAGCACAGAAAAAUGGCGGUGGAGCGUUCUUAAUCCCGUAUUUCGUGAUGUUAGCUAUCGAGGGUAUACCGAUUUUUUAUUUGGAGCUGGCCAUCGGGCAGAGAUUGAGGAAGGGUGCGAUUGGUGUUUGGCACCAGGUCUCGCCGUAUUUGGGUGGGAUUGGUAUCAGUUCAGCCGUGGUAUCUUUCAACGUGGCGUUGUAUUAUAACUCCAUCAUCGCCUGGUGUCUGUUUUACUUCGCGCAGAGCUUCCAAGCCGAGCUGCCGUGGUCGGAGUGUCCCAAGAAAUACUUCAACAAUGGAUCCUACAUCAGCGAACCAGAAUGUGCUGUAAGCAGUCCCACGCAAUAUUUCUGGUACCGAACCACUCUGCAGAUAUCGGAAGACAUCAAUCAUCCCGAAACAUUUAAUUACAAGAUCGCGCUAGCGCUCAUCAUCGCCUGGAUCUUAGUGUACAUGUGUAUGAUCAAAGGCAUAGCGUCUUCUGGGAAAGUCGUCUACGUCACAGCCACCUUUCCAUACAUAGUCCUGGUAAUAUUCUUCUUCAGAGGAAUAACUUUGAAAGGAAUGGGCGAUGGGCUCGUUCAUCUCUUUACGCCGAAAUGGCAUAAGAUCUUAGAUCCAGUUGUCUGGUUGGAGGCGGGUACUCAAAUUUUCUUCUCCUUGGGCCUAGCUUUCGGAGGCCUUAUCGCGUUCAGCUCAUAUAAUCCAGUGGACAAUAAUUGCUACCGAGACGCGAUUAUGGUCUCAAUGACGAACUGCCUAACGUCCAUGUUUGCCGGCAUUGUCGUUUUCUCCAUCAUAGGUUUUAAAGCGACCAUGGUUUAUGAGAAAUGUUUAGCAAUACGAAAUGAGACGCUCCUUGAAAUUUUUGGUCCUGAGUACACUAAAAUGUCGUUUCCCGAAGCCGGUGAAAAAGUGGCAGUCAUGUUGAACGAUACUGUAACUAAUUAUAUAAUGCCACAUCUACCGGAAUGCGAUCUGCAGAAAGAGUUGGACAAUACGGCAUCAGGUACUGGCCUCGCGUUCAUAAUAUUUACUGAAGCCAUCAACCAAUUCCCUGGAGCUCAGUUCUGGUCAGUGCUUUUCUUCUUGAUGCUGUUCACUCUGGGCAUUGAUUCACAAUUCGGGACCUUGGAAGGCGUGGUCACCAGUAUUGUUGAUAUGAAACUCUUCCCAAAUCUUCGCAAGGAGUACCUCACUGGUGGUCUAUGCCUCAUCUGCUGUUUACUGUCCAUGGGUUUCGCUCAUGGUGCUGGCAGCUAUAUAUUCCUGCUGUUUGACAUGUACAGUGGAAACUUCCCGCUACUCAUCAUCGCUUUCUGUGAAUGUAUUGGGAUAGCAUACGUCUAUGGUGUCAAGAGAUUCGCUGACGACAUAGAACUGAUGACGGGUCAACGACCUGGUAUAUACUGGCUGAUCUGCUGGAAGUAUCUCUCUCCUCUGGCGAUGCUGUCCAUCCUGAUAUCUUCAUUCGCGGAGCUAAUCAUGGAGGGCUCGAGCUAUGAAGCUUGGAUCAGUUCUGAAGGUGAUACUAUGAAGAAGCCCUGGCCGCUGUGGGCUAUCUUGUUGGUGUUAGUGAUGGUGCUUGCUUCCGUACUUUGGAUACCAGGACUGGCUAUUUGCAGAUAUAUGGGUAUCCAAGUUAUUGAUGACGAAGAGCGUGCGUGGUUCCCGGCUGAUGAGUUACGUGACUUCCACGGCUUGGAACCUCGACCCGUCUCCGCUUUGGAGACGCUGCUGUUCUGUACACGACCCGACGGCAGCGAGAGGUGCUGCUGGCCGGGCUGCUGCGACACUGACGAUGACGAAUAG